AUGGACACAUCCUGUGCCUCAGACCAGCUCCUGGUCAAUUGUCAGUUCCCUCUCCCAUCAGUCACUGGGACCACCAUGACCCUCACCCUCUUCUUCCUGCUGUACCUUGGGCUGUGUCUGGACCAGAUGAUGAGGACACAGGCAGCAGACAAACUCCCCAGACCCUCCCUUAGGGCAGAAGAUGGCUCUUUGGUGCCCCAAGGGAGAACUGUGACCCUCAGGUGCAGGGGGUCACAGGAGGCUGAUCUGUACCGCCUGGAGCAAAAGCUAGGAAAUGGAAUGUCUGACAUCACAGAUAUGACCACAGUUGGAAUUGAGGUCAACUUUUCCCUUCCUUUUGUGACCUGGAACCAUGCAGGGACCUACUACUGCCACUACAGACACUCACUGGGCUGGUCAGAGCCCAGUGAGCCCCUGCAGCUGGUGGUGACAGGCCUUUAUGAAGAACCUUCCCUGGCAGCCUUGCCCAGCUCUGAGGUGGCCUCAGGACAGGCCGUGACCCUGCAGUGUCAGACACGGGGAUGGCAUGACUGGUUCGUCCUGUACAAAGAUGGAGAAGAGAUCACCCGGGGGAUAACCCAUUGUCAUGGAAGGGGGCGUAUUGCUAAGUUCUUCUUCCCUGCUGUGACUUCUAGCCAGAAUGGCACUUACCGAUGCUACAGCUUUCAAAGUACUUUCCCUAAUCAGUGGUCAUCCCCCAGCGCCCCCCUGGUGCUCAGGGUCUCAGAUCGUGCUGCCCUGGAUUAUACUAUGGGCAAUCUAGUCCGCCUUACCUUGGCUGGGCUGGUCCUUAUCCUCCUGGGGGUCCUGCUGACUGAGAACUGGAAAAGCUCCAGGGAGUCAUUGCCUGAGCACUCUGACCAGAUCAUCCCUCAAGAUAGAGAGUCAGCCCUGGACACAUCCUGUGCCUCAGACCAGCUUCUGGUCAAUUGUCAGUUCCCUCUCCCAUCAGUCACUGGGACCACCAUGACCCCCACCCUCUUCUUCCUGCGGUACCUUGACAGACUCCCCAGACCCUCCCUUAGGGCAGAAGAUGGCUCUUUGGUGCCCCAAGGGAGAACUGUGACCCUCAGGUGCAGGGGGUCACAGGAGGCUGAUCUGUACCGUCUGGAGCAAAAGCUAGGAAAUGGAAUGCCUGAGGUCACAGAUAUGACCACAGUUGGAAUUGAGGUCAACUUUUCCCUUCCUUUUGUGACCUGGAACCAUGCAGGGACCUACUACUGCCACUACAGACACUCACUGGGCUGGUCAGAGCCCAGUGAGCCUCUGCAGCUGGUGGUGACAGGCCUUUAUAAAGAACCUUCCCUGGCAGCCUUGCCCAGCUCUGAGGUGGCCUCAGGGCAGAAUGUGACCCUGCAGUGUCAGACACGGGGAUGGCAUGACUGGUUUGUCCUGUACAAGGAUGGAGAAGAGAUCACCCGUGGGAUGAAGGAGAGUCAUGGAAGGGGGCGUCAGGCUGACUUCUUCCCUGCUGUGAAUUCUAGCCAGGAUGGCACUUACCGAUGCUACAGCUUUCGAAGUUCUUCCCCUAAUGUAUGGUCAGCCCCCAGCGUCCCCCUGGUGCUCAGGGUCUCAGGGACCUUCCCUCCAAGCCCUGAAUCUGAGAACAGGCUCUCAGGUCGUGCUGCCCUGGAUUAUACUAUGGGCAAUCUAGUCCGCCUUACCUUGGCUGGGCUGGUCCUUAUCCUCCUGGGGGUCCUGCUGACUGAGAACUGGAAAAGCUCCAGGGAGUCAUUGCCUGAGCACUCUGACCAGAUCAUCCCUCAAGAUAGAGGUGAAAGAAGGAAGGAAUGA